UCCUCCGAUCAGCGUUAGAAACCAAUGACAUCAAUAUUCCGUGGAUGUUUACGAAGAAAAAAAAACCUAUCAAUACUUCAGGAAAGCUCAUACAGAGUACGCUGUAAAGUAAUAGCCAUUAUUUAAAACAGAGCUGGCUGUGGCAAGUUAGAGCGUUUGCUGAAGGUGGUCACGGACUGGGCGCAUUCCUACAGUUUCUCCUCAAGAUCAGCCGCAGGGCAGCAGUAGGCAGCAGCGGCGGAGAGAGGCAAUGGCCGAGUCAGCGAGAAAGGCACGGGGGCCGCACUGAGGCAAAGUAAGCUAUCCCCUGUACCGGGGGGACUGAAGCGUACAACAGAGGCGGGGAAAUAGGAGAGGAGAACUGCGAGAGAAACUGGAUGCCUGUUCAACCGGGCUGAACGACACCCCGCAUCCCUUGCAGCGCUCAGAAUCCCGUCUCCGGGAUGACUGUAGUGGCUGGAGAAAAUAUGGACGAGACCUCGGCUUUGCCGGGGCACCCGCAGGAUACCUAUCCCCCCGACCACGGGGACCAGUGCUGUGAAUGCUGCGAGAGGGUGGUCAUCAACAUAGCGGGGCUGCGCUUCGAGACGCAACUCAAAACGCUCGCCCAGUUCCCCGAGACCCUCCUGGGCAACCCCAAGAAAAGGAUGCGGUACUUCGACCCCCUAAGAAACGAGUACUUCUUUGACAGAAACCGCCCGAGUUUCGACGCCAUCCUCUAUUAUUACCAGUCCGGUGGCAGGUUGAGAAGACCAGUAAACGUUCCUUUGGAUAUGUUCUCGGAAGAGAUAAAGUUUUACGAGCUUGGCGUGGAAGCCAUGGAAAAGUUCCGCGAGGAUGAGGGUUUCAUCCGAGAGGAAGAACGCCCUUUGCCCAAGAAAGAAUUCCAACGCCAAAUCUGGCUUUUGUUCGAGCACCCAGAGAGUUCUGGGCCUGCAAGAGGGAUUGCUAUUGUAUCUGUGAUGGUCAUUCUGAUUUCAAUUGUCAUAUUUUGUUUGGAGACCUUACCUGAACUUAAAGAGGACCCGGCGGGGCACAUGCAAACGGUGGGGAACAGUACCUUCUAUUACAAACCAAAUAUCUUGACCGACCCUUUCUUCAUCGUGGAGACCCUCUGUAUCAUCUGGUUCUCGUUUGAGUUGAUAGUGCGGUUUUUCGCCUGCCCCAGCAAGGCGGCCUUCUUUAAGAACAUGAUGAACACUAUAGAUGUCGUAGCCAUUAUCCCCUACUUCAUCACGCUCGGUACAGAGUUGGCGGAAGACCAAGACGGCAAAGAAGUGAAGGGAGAUCAGGCAACGUCUCUGGCUAUUCUCAGGGUAAUUCGUCUGGUUCGGGUGUUCAGAAUAUUUAAGUUAUCGAGACACUCCAAGGGACUGCAGAUUUUGGGCCAGACUCUCAAAGCUAGCAUGCGGGAGCUUGGGCUGCUCAUCUUCUUCCUGUUCAUCGGAGUAAUCUUGUUCUCCAGCGCCGUUUACUUCGCCGAAGCCGAGGAGAAAGGGUCCCAUUUCAACAGCAUCCCGGACGCUUUCUGGUGGGCAGUGGUAUCCAUGACAACCGUGGGCUACGGGGACAUGUAUCCCGUAACUAUCGGGGGCAAGAUUGUGGGGUCCCUGUGUGCCAUUGCUGGCGUGUUGACGAUUGCGCUGCCAGUGCCUGUGAUUGUCUCCAACUUUAAUUACUUUUAUCACAGAGAGACCGAAGGCGAGGAGCAGGCGCAGCUUCUAAAUGUCAGCACUCCAAACAUCGCCUCUGACACCAACUCGAGUCGCCGCAGUUCAUCUACCGUCAGCAAGUCGGAAUAUAUGGAGAUCGACGAGGACAUUAAUAACAGCAUUGACAAUUUCAGAGAGGCGAACCUAAGAACUGGCAACUGCACUAUGGCCAACCAGAACUGUGUUAACAGAAGCAAGCUGCUAACUGAUGUUUAGAGGCGAUGUAAUAGCAGCCAGUGGACUUAAGUGAAACCAUCACUCUGUCAUUGUAAAUACUAUAACCGUGUCCGAAUGCUUUAUUGACUUCUCUAAUGCGUUCUUGCAUUGCGAUUAUUAUGCUCAGCGAUGUUAAAGGAAGAAGACAAACAAGAACAAUGCUUUCAGAAUACGUGAAAGAUUUAAUAUUUUCAUUUAUUAUCAAAUGGGAUCCUUCAACUUCGUACUACAGCAAUCGUUUGACUAGGUUUAUAAAAUUAGACACUGUACAAGCCCCUAACGGGACUUCCACUCUCUGCUUCUCCAAACGGACAAUAUAAUUGGGAAUAUAUUUUAAAAGAAGUUGGCAAGACUACAGCAAUUUGCAGUGCAUACAGGAAAGCGCGCGGAAGUUGUCUGUUCUGCUGAAAUAAGCAAGCAUCUGCGGCUAUCGAUCAACGUGCUCCCUCGCUACAGGACAUACCAUCAGUCGAGAUCCACUGACAAGCAAGAAUCUUGCAUCGGAAAAGAAAACCGCUGGGGUUUUGCUACGAAAUCACAGCGGACGUAGUUAUGAUCUCGAGGACAUCUGCAACGCUGCUAUUUUUCCGCAGAUGCUGCUUUUUAAAAUUCUACAAAGUUGGUAAGAUGUCAUGCAGUUCAAAUACAACAACGAAAAAUGAUAAAAAAGAAAACUAAAAUGUUCGCAUGUUAA